CUGCGCGAUGUGAGGCGGCUGCGGCGCCAGUCUGGCUCUCGGCUCGGGUGAGCUCAGUGCGGCCAUUAGGGGCCGGUGCGGCAGCGGCGGCGCGGAGCGCGGCGGCGGCAGCAGCAGCAGCAGCAGCAGCAGGAGCAGGAGCAGGAGGAGGAGGAGGAGGAGGGCUCGCAGGGUGGGGGCGCAGGCCCGGGAGGGGGCACCGGGAGGAGGUGAGUCUCUGGUCGCCUCCUCCUCUCCCCCUUUUUCGCCCCCGCCUCCUUGUGGCGAUGAGAAGGAGGAGGACAGCGCCGAGGAGGAAGAAGCUGAUGGCGGCGGCGGCGGAGCUCCGAGAGACCUCGGCUGGGCAAGGGCCCGCCGUGGCGGGCUGGGGACUGCGUUUGUAGAGCUGUGAGUUCCCGAGAAUUCGCUGCAGCGGACGUGCUGGUCGGAUCAGUGUUGCUGUGCCCUCCUCCGGGCCCGGCUUAGGCCCGGCCCCUCGCACUUGCCCCUACCAUUUCUGUUGAGUCCGCAUCCCUCUCCGGCCACCGCAACCAGGCGAAGAGAAAAAGGAACUUCCCCCACCCCCCUCGGGUGGCGGCGGAGCUCCCGAGCCCACCCUUAGGAGCGGGGCGGGGACCCCGGGCCGAAGAAGAGAUUUCCUCAGGAUUCUCGUCUUUCCUCGGCUGUAUCUCCGAAAGAAUUAAAAAUGGCCGAGAAUGUGGUGGAACCGGGGCCGCCUUCAGCCAAGCGGCCUAAACUCUCAUCUCCGGCCCUCUCGGCGUCGGCCAGCGAUGGCACAGAUUUUGGUUCACUGUUUGAUCUGGAACAUGACUUACCAGAUGAAUUAAUCAACUCUACGGAAUUGGGACUAACCAAUGGUGGCGAUAUUAGUCAGCUUCAGACAAGUCUUGGCAUAGUGCAAGAUGCAGCCUCUAAACAUAAACAGCUGUCAGAAUUGCUACGGUCUGGUAGUUCCCCUAACCUCAAUAUGGGGGUUGGUGGCCCAGGCCAAGUUAUGGCCAGCCAGGCCCAACAGAACAGCCCUGGAUUAGGUUUGAUAAAUAGCAUGGUCAAAAGCCCAAUGGCACAGACAGGCUUGACUUCUCCCAACAUGGGGAUGGGCAGUAGUGGACCAAAUCAGGGUCCUACACAGUCCACAGCAGGUAUGAUGAACAGUCCGGUGAAUCAGCCUACCAUGGGAAUGAACCCAGGGAUGAAUGCUGGCAUGAAUCCUGGAAUGUUGGCUGCAGGCAAUGGACAAGGGAUAAUGCCCAAUCAAGUCAUGAAUGGUUCAAUUGGAGCAGGACGGGGACGGCCGAAUAUGCAGUACCCCAAUCCCGGCAUGGGCAACGCUGGCAACUUACUGACUGAGCCACUACAGCAGGGUUCUCCUCAGAUGGGAGGACAAACAGGAUUGAGAGGCCCCCAGCCUCUUAAGAUGGGAAUGAUGAGCAAUCCCAGUCCUUAUGGUUCACCAUAUACUCAGAAUUCUGGACAGCAGAUUGGAGCGAGUGGCCUUGGUCUCCAAAUUCAGGCAAAGACUGUACUACCAAAUAGCUUAUCUCCAUUUGCAAUGGACAAAAAGUCAGUUCCUGGUGGGGGAAUGCCCAACAUGAGCCAGCAGCCUACCCCAUCGGUCCAGCAGCCAGGCCUGGUGACUUCAGUUGCCCCUGGGAUGGGUUCUGGAGCACACACGGCUGAUCCAGAGAAGCGCAAGCUCAUCCAGCAGCAGCUUGUUCUCCUUUUACAUGCUCACAAAUGCCAGCGCCGGGAGCAGGCCAAUGGGGAAGUGAGGCAGUGCAAUCUUCCCCACUGUCGAACCAUGAAAAAUGUUCUAAACCACAUGACACACUGCCAGUCAGGCAAGUCCUGUCAAGUGGCACAUUGUGCAUCUUCUCGACAAAUCAUUUCACACUGGAAGAAUUGUACAAGGCAUGAUUGUCCUGUGUGUCUUCCUCUCAAAAAUGCUGGGGAUAAGCGAAAUCAACAGUCAAUUCUGACUGGAGCACCAGUUGGGCUUGGAAACCCUAGCUCUCUAGGAGUGGGUCAGCAGUCUGCCCCUAGCCUAAGCACUGUCAGUCAGAUUGACCCCAGCUCUAUAGAGAGAGCUUAUGCUGCACUUGGACUACCCUAUCAAGUAAAUCAGAUUCCACCACAACCCCAGGUACAAGCAAAGAAUCAACCAAGUCAGCAGUCGGGACAGUCUCCUCAAGGCAUGCGAUCUAUGAGCAACAUGAGUGCUAGUCCUAUGGGUGUAAAUGGAGGUGUAGGGGUUCAGACACCGAAUCUUCUUUCUGACUCCAUGUUGCAUUCAGCCAUAAAUUCUCAAAACCCAAUGAUGAGUGAAAAUGCCAGUGUGGCCUCCCUGGGUCCUUUGCCAACAACAGCUCAGCCAUCUAGUACUGGAAUUCGGAAACAAUGGCAUGAAGAUAUUACUCAGGAUCUUCGAAACCACCUUGUUCAUAAACUUGUUCAAGCCAUAUUUCCCACUCCGGAUCCUGCUGCUUUAAAAGACCGACGGAUGGAAAACCUUGUUGCAUAUGCCCGUAAAGUAGAAGGGGACAUGUAUGAGUCUGCAAACAAUAGAGCGGAGUAUUACCACCUCUUAGCUGAGAAGAUCUAUAAGAUUCAGAAAGAACUAGAAGAGAAACGGAGGACUAGACUACAGAAACAGAACAUGCUACCAAGUGCUCCUGGCAUGGUUCCAGUUUCUAUGAACACUGGGCCUAACAUGGGACAGCAACAACCAGGAAUGACUACUAAUGGUCCUCUACCUGAUCCAGCUAUGAUCCGUGGCAGUGUGCCAAACCAGAUGAUGCCUCGGAUAACUCCACAACCCGGUUUGAAUCAGUUUGGGCAGAUGAAUAUGCCUCAGCCCCCUAUUGGACCCCGGCAACCCUCUCCUCUUCAGCACCAUGGACAGUUGGCACAGUCUGGGGCACUAAAUCCACCUAUGGGCUAUGGACCUCGAAUGCAGCAGGCUUCCAGCCAGAACCAGUUCCUCUCCCAGACUCAGUUUCCAUCUCAAGGAAUGAAUGUAACAAACAUGCCUUUGGCUCCAUCCAGUGGUCAAGCACCAGUGUCUCAAGCACAAAUGUCCAGUUCUUCCUGCCCAGUGAACUCUCCUAUAAUGCCUCCAGGGUCUCAAGGGAACCAUAUUCACUGUUCCACUCUGCCUCAACAAGCUCAUCAGAAUUCGCCUUCUCCUGUUCCUAGUCGUACCCCUACUCCUCAUCAUACUCCCCCAAGCAUAGGGACUCAGCAGCCACCAGCAACAGCAAUUCCAGCACCUGUUCCUACACCACCUGCCAUACCACCUGGACCACAGCCCCAAGCUCUCCAUCCCCCUUCUAGACAGACACCUACACCACCAACACACCUUCCUCCCCAAGUGCAGCCUUCACUUCCUGCUGCUCCUUCUGCUGACCAGUCCCAGCAACAGCCUCGCUCACAGCAGAGCACAGGAGCCUCUGUUCCUACCCCAACAGCACCAUUGCUGCCUCCUCAGCCUUCAACUCCGCUUUCUCAGCCAACUGUAAACAUUGAAGGCCAGGUAUCAAACCCUCCAUCUACUAGUAGCACAGAAGUGAAUUCUCAGACCAUUCCCGAGAAACAACCUUCACAGGAAGUAAAAAUGGAGGUUAAAAUGGAAGUAGACCAACCAGAACCAGCAGAUGCUCAACCUGAAGAUACUCAGGAGGUUAAAGCUGAAGAUGGUAAAGUGGAACCUACAGAAACAGAGGAGAGAGGCACUGAGUUAAAAACUGAAAUAAAAGAGGAAGAAGACCAGCCAAGUACCUCUGCUACACAGUCCUCCCCAGCUCCUGGACAGUCAAAAAAGAAGAUUUUCAAACCAGAAGAAUUACGCCAGGCUCUGAUGCCAACAUUGGAGGCACUUUACCGGCAGGACCCAGAAUCCCUUCCCUUUCGUCAGCCUGUAGACCCACAGCUUCUAGGAAUCCCUGAUUAUUUUGAUAUUGUGAAGAGCCCCAUGGAUCUUUCUACCAUCAAGAGGAAGUUAGAUACUGGACAGUACCAAGAGCCCUGGCAAUAUAUAGAUGACAUUUGGCUCAUGUUCAACAAUGCCUGGUUAUAUAACCGCAAAACUUCAAGGGUAUACAAAUAUUGCUCCAAACUGUCUGAGGUGUUUGAACAAGAAAUCGACCCGGUCAUGCAAAGCCUUGGAUAUUGUUGUGGCAGAAAGUUGGAGUUCUCUCCACAGACACUGUGUUGCUAUGGCAAACAGUUGUGCACAAUCCCACGUGAUGCUACAUAUUACAGUUACCAGAACAGGUAUCAUUUCUGUGAGAAGUGUUUCAAUGAAAUCCAAGGGGAGAGCGUUUCUUUGGGGGAUGACCCUUCCCAGCCUCAAACUACAAUAAAUAAAGAACAAUUUUCCAAGAGAAAAAAUGACACGUUGGAUCCUGAAUUGUUUGUUGAGUGUACAGAAUGUGGAAGAAAGAUGCACCAGAUCUGUGUCCUUCAUCAUGAGAUAAUCUGGCCAUCAGGGUUUGUCUGUGAUGGCUGUUUAAAGAAAACUGCACGCACUAGGAAAGAAAAUAAGUUUUCUGCUAAAAGAUUGCCAUCUACCAGACUUGGGACCUUCCUGGAGAAUCGAGUGAAUGACUUCCUAAGGCGACAAAAUCACCCUGAAUCAGGAGAGGUCACUGUUAGAGUUGUUCACGCUUCUGACAAAACUGUGGAGGUGAAACCAGGCAUGAAAGCAAGGUUUGUAGAUAGUGGAGAGAUGGCAGAAUCUUUUCCAUACCGAACCAAGGCCCUUUUUGCCUUUGAAGAAAUCGAUGGUGUUGACUUGUGUUUCUUUGGCAUGCAUGUUCAAGAGUAUGGCUCUGAUUGCCCCCCACCCAACCAAAGGAGAGUAUACAUAUCUUACCUCGAUAGUGUUCAUUUCUUCCGUCCUAAAUGCUUGAGGACCGCAGUCUAUCAUGAAAUCCUAAUUGGAUAUUUAGAAUAUGUCAAGAAAUUGGGAUACACAACAGGGCAUAUUUGGGCAUGUCCACCGAGUGAAGGGGAUGACUACAUCUUCCACUGCCAUCCUCCCGAUCAGAAGAUCCCAAAGCCCAAGCGCCUACAGGAAUGGUACAAAAAGAUGCUUGACAAGGCUGUAUCAGAACGUAUUGUCCAUGAUUACAAGGAUAUUUUAAAACAAGCUACUGAAGAUCGAUUAACAAGUGCAAAGGAGUUACCCUACUUUGAAGGUGAUUUCUGGCCCAAUGUUCUGGAAGAAAGCAUUAAAGAACUUGAACAGGAAGAGGAAGAGAGAAAACGGGAAGAGAACACCAGCAACGAGAGUACUGAUGUAACAAAAGGGGACAGCAAAAAUGCUAAGAAGAAGAAUAACAAGAAAACCAGCAAAAACAAGAGCAGCCUGAGUAGGGGCAAUAAGAAGAAGCCUGGUAUGCCCAAUGUGUCUAAUGACCUGUCUCAGAAACUGUAUGCCACCAUGGAAAAGCAUAAAGAGGUCUUCUUUGUAAUCCGCCUCAUCGCUUGUCCUGCUCCCAACUCCCUGCCUCCCAUUGUUGAUCCUGACCCUCUCAUCCCCUGUGACCUGAUGGAUGGUCGAGAUGCAUUCCUCACCCUUGCAAGGGAUAAGCACCUGGAAUUCUCUUCCCUCCGAAGAGCCCAGUGGUCUACCAUGUGCAUGCUGGUGGAGCUGCAUACACAGAGUCAAGAUCGAUUUGUCUACACCUGCAACGAGUGCAAGCACCAUGUGGAGACACGCUGGCAUUGCACUGUGUGUGAGGAUUAUGAUCUGUGUAUCACCUGUUAUAACACUAAAAACCAUGACCACAAAAUGGAGAAACUAGGCCUUGGCUUGGAUGAUGAGAGCAACAACCAGCAAGCAGCAGCCACACAGAGCCCAGGAGACUCUCGCCGCCUGAGCAUCCAACGCUGCAUACAGUCUCUGGUACAUGCCUGCCAGUGCCGCAAUGCCAACUGUUCCCUGCCUUCCUGCCAGAAGAUGAAGAGGGUCGUGCAGCACACCAAAGGCUGCAAACGGAAAACCAAUGGUGGAUGCCCCAUCUGCAAACAGCUCAUCGCCCUCUGCUGCUACCACGCCAAGCACUGCCAGGAGAACAAAUGCCCGGUGCCAUUCUGCCUCAACAUCAAGCAAAAGCUCAGGCAGCAACAGCUGCAGCACCGGCUCCAACAGGCUCAGAUGCUCCGCAGGAGGAUGGCCAGCAUGCAACGGACUGGUGUGGCAGGGCAGCAGCAGGGCCUGCCUUCCCCAACUCCUGCUACUCCUACCACCCCAACUGGCCAACAGCCAUCCACCCCACAGACACCCCAGCCCCAACCCACCUCUCAACCUCAGCCCACUCCUCCCAACAACAUGCCACCCUACUUGCCCAGGACUCAAACUACAGGCCCUGUGUCCCAGGGUAAGGCAGCAGGCCAAGUCACCCCACCAACCCCACCUCAGACUGCUCAGCCCUCUCUUCCAGGGCCUCCACCUGCUGCAGUAGAAAUGGCGAUGCAGAUUCAGAGGGCAGCAGAGACACAGCGCCAGAUGGCUCAUGUACAAAUUUUCCAAAGGCCCAUCCAGCACCAGAUGCCCCCGAUGACACCGAUGGCCCCUAUGGGCAUGAACCCACCUCCCAUGGCCAGAGGUCCUGGUGGGCAUUUGGAGCCAGGAAUGGGUCCCACAGGAAUGCAGCAGCAGCCACCUUGGGCCCAAGGAGGAAUGCCUCAGCCACAGCAGAUGCAGUCAGGGAUGCCAAGGCCAGCCAUGAUGUCAGUGGCCCAGCAUGGUCAGCCCUUGAACAUGGCACCACAGCCAGGAUUGGGCCAAGUAGGUGUGAGCCCACUUAAACCAGGCACUGUGUCUCAACAAGCCUUACAAAACCUUUUGCGGACUCUCAGGUCUCCCAGUUCUCCCUUACAGCAGCAACAGGUGCUUAGUAUCCUUCACGCCAACCCCCAACUGUUGGCUGCAUUUAUCAAGCAGCGGGCUGCCAAGUAUGCCAACUCCAAUCCACAACCUCUCCCUGGACAGCCUGGCAUGCCCCAGGGACAGCCAGGGCUGCAGCCACCUACCAUGCCUGGUCAGCAAGGUGUCCACUCCAACCCAGCCUUGCAGAACAUGAAUCCUAUGCAGGCAGGUGUCCAGAGAGCUGGCCUGCCCCAGCAGCAACCCCAGCAGCAGCUCCAGCCACCCAUGGGAGGAAUGAGUCCCCAGGCUCAGCAAAUGAACAUGAAUCACAAUGCCAUGCCUUCACAGUUCCGAGACAUCUUAAGACGGCAGAUGAUGCAGCAGCAGGGAGCGGGGCCAGGAAUUGGCCCUGGAAUGGCCAACCACAACCAGUUCCAGCAACCCCAAGGAAUUGGCUACCCACCCCAGCAGCAGCAGCAGCAGCAGCGGAUGCAGCAUCACAUGCAGCAGAUGCAGCAAGGGAAUAUGGGACAGAUGGGCCAGCUCCCCCAGGCUUUGGGAGCAGAGGCAGGAGCGAGUCUGCAGGCCUAUCAGCAGCGACUUCUUCAGCAACAAAUAGGGUCUCCUCAGCCCAACCCUAUGAGUCCACAGCAGCAUAUGCUCCCAAACCAGGCACAGUCCCCACACCUGCAAGGUCAGCAGAUCCCUAAUUCUCUCUCCAAUCAAGUGCGUUCUCCCCAGCCCGUCCCUUCUCCGCGACCACAGUCUCAGCCCCCCCAUUCCAGCCCAUCUCCGAGGAUGCAGCCUCAGCCUUCUCCACACCAUGUUUCUCCACAGACCAGUUCCCCACAUCCUGGACUGGUAGCUGCCCAGGCUGCCAACCCCAUGGAACAAGGGCAUUUUGCCAGCCCAGACCAGAAUUCAAUGCUUUCACAGCUUGCUAGCAAUCCAGGCAUGGCAAACCUCCACGGUGCAAGCGCCACGGACCUGGGACUGAGCACUGAUAAUGCAGACUUGAAUUCAAACCUCUCACAGAGUACACUAGACAUACACUAGAGACACCUUGUAAUAUUUUGGGAGCAAAAAAAUUAUUUUCUCUUAACAAGACUUUUUGUACUGAAAACAAUUUUUUUGAAUCUUUCUUAGCCUAAAAGACAAUUUUCCUUGGAACAUGUAAAAACUGUGCAGUAGCCGUUUGUGGUUUAAAGCAAACAUGCCAGAUGAACCUGAGGGAUAAUAGAUUACAAAGAAUAUAUUUUUGUUAUGGCUGGUUACCCCAGCCGUUUUCCCCCCCCUUGUGUGUGUGGUUCAAGUGUGCACUGGGAGGCGACUGAGGUCUGAAGCCAACCAUAUGCUCCUGCCUUGCACCUCCAAUAGGUUUUAUUAUUUUUUUUAAAUUAAUGAAAAUAUGUAAUAUUAAUAGUUAUUAUUUACUGGUGCAGAUGGUUGACAUUUUUCCCUAUUUUCCUCACUUUAUGGAAGAAUUUAAAAAAAAAAAAAGAACAUUUCUAAAACCAGAGGACAAAAGGGGUUAAUGUUACUUAAAAUUACAUUAUAUAUAUAUAUAUAUAUAAAUAUAUAUAAAUAUAUUAAGAUACCAAUUUUUUUCUCUGGGUGCAAAGAUGUUUGUUCUUUUAAAAAUGUUUAAAAAAAAAAAAGGCCUCCUCUUUCCACCCCUCAAGUCAACUUUUGUGCUCCAGAAGAUUUUCUAUUCCGUAAGUCUGAGCGUAAAACUUCAAGUAUUAAGAUAAUUUGUACAUGUAGAGAAAAAAAAUGACUUUUUUCAAAAUAUACAGGGGCAGCUGCCAAAUUGAUGUAUUAUAAUAUUGUGGUUCUGUUUCUUGAGAGAAUUUUUUUGUUAUUUUUACAUCUAACAAAGGAAAAAAUUUAAAAAGAGGGUAAGAAACGACUCCAGUGGGGUGAUUUUAACAUGCAAAUGUCCGAGGUUUCUUCGCUUGCUUUCUUCCUUACUCUGCCCCCACACACACAUACACUUUCUGUAAAACUUGAAAAUAGAAAGCAAAAACCCUCAACUGUUGUAAAUCAUGCAAUUAAAGUUGAUUACUUAUAAAUAUGAACUUUGGAUCACUGUAUAGACUGUUAAAUUUGAUUUCUUAUUACCUAUUGUUAAAUAAACUGUGUGAGACAGACA